AGCAAUUCUCAUCCAUCCUGCGCCAGCGAGUGAGGUGAGCCAACGAAACGGGCUCCCUUCCACUGCACCUUGCGCUCCCCAAACUCGUACUCCUCCCGCCCCUUCACCCCCAUCCAUCCACCCGCCCUCAUUCCUUUCUUUCAAUUUGCCGACUAUCCUUGAAGUUUCCCUAUAGUCUACAUCUCGUUUACUCUCUCUCCGUGCCCUGCCGUCACUCCUGUCAGUGCGAAGACGGGGGUACGGGCCGGUCUUUGCAUUUCCAUCGGACGGGCGACGACUCUCGCACGUUUGAACCCCUUGGACCUCGUCUAGGCCCGGGACAUCCGCCAAGGCGAAACGCGACGCCAGCAGACCUCAUCGAAGCCGCCCAUCCACUUGCGCAGACGGCGAGAUGCGCAUCUCGUUGUCGCUCGCCCUCGGGCUGCUGGGUGCCGCCCACGCCGGCCAGCUCGCCGUUCGCCAGAAUCUGUCAGACACCGGCGGUGGCGGCGGCAGCGUCCCGCUACCGACGACUCCCACGCCCACCACUCCGAGCAGCAGCAGUGUGCCUUCGCCUACUACGCCGUCCUCGACGCCGCCUACGAGCCCCGGCGACACGACCGUGACCGUCACUCGCACCGUGUCGGGCGCGGGCGGCGACGUCGUGACCCAGGCCACCACCCUUACCACGACCAUCACCACGACCGUCCUGAUCACCUCGACUGUCUUCUCGACCACCACCGUCACGAGCAGCAAUGCCGACACCGCUACCAAGACUGUCUAUCAGACGUCGACGCAGUGGGUGAAUCAGCGCAAGCGACACGUCGACCUCGAUCUCGCCCCACGGACGGCGCCCGCGAUCAAUGUUGACGCCGCACCCACGGGCGCCCCGUCCCCCGUGGCCGUCGAGCGCGGCGCGCCCGGCCUGCGGAAGCACCACGAGAAGCACCAGGACAAGCACCAGCUUUUGAAGCGCGCCACAAUCACCGAGACUGUCACCGUCACCCAGGGCGGCGGCGGCGGCUCGACCGUCGUCAACAGCGUCGUCAAGACGCUCCGAUCUACCAAGAGCGACUUCACCACGAGCACCUCGGUCGUCACCGAGACGGAGCAGGUCAAUGCCAAGACCACCGUCACCGUCACCAGUACCCUGAUCGUUACGUCGACCAGCAUGUCUUCGGGUGGCAUCGAGACGCAGACCUCGACCGCCACGGGCAACCCUAGCAGCAGCAGCGGCGACAGCGGUGGCCUCUCGACGGGCGCCAAGGCCGGCAUUGGUGUUGGCGCGGGCAUCGCAGGACUGGCCAUCAUCGGCGCCAUCAUCUUCUUCUGCCUCCGUCGCCGUCGCAACCCGAAGCCCGACCACGACGACUUCAUGGGCGCCUCCGAGGUGCCCGUCGGCCCGUCUCACGGCGGCAGCUCCCGCACUCCCAUGUCCGAUUCGACGGCUGUUGGCUCGGGCGUUGGUGCCGCCGGCUACCUGGCCCCGGGCCGCACCUCGGUGAAGCACAAUGCCUCGCCCGAGGGCUACCGCGGCACGGCCAUGGGAGACGGUCGCGCCGGCUACGCCAAGCCCCAGCCCUACGGCGCGGCGUACGCGCAGACAAGCCCCAACACCACCAUGACGUCCCGCAACAGCGGACACUUGGGAGACGCGCUCCCCCGCCAUCCCACACCCGGCGACUCUUCGGUCAGUCCCGUGUCGCCAAACACUGCCGAGCUGGGCAGCAACACCAACGCCGCCGCGGCGAGGUGGAACAACCCGGAAGCCUCGGAGAUUGAUAGCCACCAAGUCACGCACCCCCAGAGCGGACCAGUGUACGAGAUGCCUAACCAGCCCUACCGAUAGGGCGGUGGCUGGCCACGCGGGUACGAUUGACGCGCAGCAGCGAGACAGCCGGGCUGCGGGGGCCGUCUGAGAACGGGGCCAAGGCCCUGCGCGCCUACGAAAGGGUGUUGCGAAUUUCGAUGUUGGGAUCUUAAUCACGGGACUGUACAUAGGAAGUUUGUUCUGAACGACCGCAUUGCUGAGUGUGGGGGGCGACUUGGCUCUGGCCCCUGCUAUGAUGGAGGCGCGAUGACAUGACGUUCCGCGCGCUCGAGGUUCGAAUGCAAUGUCGCUUGACGUGCGGACGGGUUGAAGCAGCGGAUGGCGGCCUCGUGGCGAUUGGUGCGGAUGUCAUGCGACGGGAGCGAGCACGUGCGAGCAUCCCGCAGCAGCUCCGCGGAGAGCCACGGGCCCUCUGGAUAUACCAGUGCACAGCACAAGGACGAUCGAUGGUUGUAAACAAUGCAUUUGCUUUCUUUCAUUUGUGCCCCGACCUGUGCGUGUUUGGCAGGCUCGUGCGUGACAUGAUCGAAUAUCG